ACUUUUGAAGAGGCUCUGGAAAUGGCAUCUCGUGGAGAUAGCACCAAAGUGGAUAAACUAGUUCGAGACAUUUAUGGAGGGGACUAUGAGAGGUUUGGACUGCCGGGCUGGGCUGUGGCAUCCAGCUUUGGAAACAUGAUAAGCAAGGAGAAGCGAGAGGCUGUCAGUAAAGAGGACCUCGCCAGAGCAACGUUGAUCACCAUCACCAACAACAUUGGCUCAAUAGCAAGAAUGUGUGCCCUUAAUGAAAACAUUAACCAGGUGGUAUUUGUUGGAAAUUUCUUGAGAAUUAAUACGAUCGCCAUGCGACUUUUGGCAUAUGCUUUGGAUUAUUGGUCCAAGGGGCAGUUGAAAGCACUUUUUUCGGAACACGAGGGUUAUUUUGGAGCCGUUGGAGCACUCCUUGAGCUGUUGAAGAUCCCCUGAUCACCUGGGGAGGGUUCCUGGAACAUUGCACAAUGGGAUCUGUGAACUUUUGUUUUUUAAGAGACUUACUCAAUUUUAUGAUGGUGUACUACCCAAAUCAAAGCAAGGAAGGAUGAGUGUAUUUUUCUAAGUCAUCAAGAUAAAUCCUUAAAAAUUUAGUCGAAACUAGUAACCAUUAAGGAAAGAUACAUAUAAAAAAAAGUGGACAUGUCCACGGCAGUGAGGAUUUGCUGUAGUUAAGUUGCUCUUCAGUAUGGUUUUGUUAAACCUGCCAUGUGUUUUUGAAAUUCCCCGUGUCACUUACUGGGAGCCACUUCAGGGGAGAGCUGUUCAGUGUUCAGCUGGCUGGUUUUGUGUCCUGUUGAACUUGCUGAAUGUAAGGCAAGUACUAUAUGUUGUAAUCUCAUCACAAUGUAGUCAGUAUAGCCUUGGAGAUCAUUAUCUGUGAAUUAACUCUGGUGUUCAUUUAGCCUCUGUGUGAACAUAUUGAAAAACAUGUUUUAUUUAAGGUUCUGCAAGUAAUUCUGUACUUGUAGUCUUGGCAAUUGAGCAACUUUGGGGAAGGGCAGUUCCAGGUUACUCUACACUGCAGAUCCUGGGAAGGUGUGUCUGGAAAGAUGGGACUUAGUCCACCCUGGGAAGAAUGCCCUUGGGGGGGCGGGGGGUGGGUGGGAGGUAGGGAGUUAAGCGGAGUUAAGCUAGUAGAAAAAGUGCACCUGGAAGACUAAAACCAGACUUCUCGAAUCGACAUUUUCAGGGAAUCGGGGAGAAUCUGAUUGUUUCCGGCUGGUAGAAAGUGAGGAAUUGAAGUCCAUUGAUUGACUCCUAGGGGCAGGGUAGGGAACUUUUGCCUUCCUCUCCCACUCAAGGUUUUUACUUGCCGGAAGCUGGCAAGGCUGGCUCUGAGCUUGGGGUAGGACUGAGCAUGAGGGCUGCAUGUGCGAGGCUCAAAAGGCAGCUUGAGGAGUCUUGGUAAAUAGAGAUUUUAAGAUGGAGUCUCGGUAGACAUUGACUUAGAGCAUUUUCUUUCUGCUGUGCAGAAUAAUUUAAAAAACCCUUCCCCUUGGAGACAGAAUAUUGUUUUGAGUCUUAUCUUGUGUAUUUUUGUGCCUGCAUUGCUGUUGGAGGCCAUGAAAGGUCUGUAUAAAGCAGCCUUUGAACUAGAAGGUAACCUCAAGGCUCUGCAGCCUCCUUGCGCCUGGCAGGGACCUAGGUUGGAAGAGUGCAGGGCUGGGUCACCAAGGGAGGAGGGUCGGUCGGAUCCCUUGGCACCCUUUUGUGUUGGCCGCGUGGGGGCAGCAGAGGCACGUGCCAGCUCUGGGACCAACGGCAGUUGCUUGCAGGGCAGGGAGUGGCCAUUUCUCAAGGGCGCCUCUCAAUGCAGCUGGGCACCAGCGGGUUGUGGGUACUGUCAGCCUGGUGCAGGCCAGCAGAACUGGAGGAAAGCUGUGGGAAUGAGACUUGUGGCUCCCGGGAGCCAGUCAGCCUCUCUUCUGCUGCUGCUGGCCCUUGCGGGCCUCAGCCCGAGUCCCCUCUAAUCUCGUCUGCGCUUGGUGGCCCCACCUUCCCUACAGCCAUCAAAGAC